UGUAAUUUGUUUAAAAAAGUGUUUUUUUUAUCACUUUUUCCUCCCAAAAAUGAAACAAUUUUCCAAUUCUCAGUUAGUUUCUUCUCCAGAUCAAAGGGUUUUCAGGCAAUUUAGCUUCUACCCUUCUAGACUUACCUUUUACCCAUAAAGCAAACCCAUUUUUUGACCUUAGAAAUGCUAAAUUUCAAUCUCCACAAGAACCCCGCCCUUGCAACACUUUUAACACCUCGAUUUUUAAGGCAUUCCAAGCCCUAUUUUAACAUUUUGAUAAAAUGGUUGUUGCACAUUUUUGGCUGACUUGCCGUUGAUUGGCCAGCAGAGAGGUCUACGCCGAAAGAGAGGCCAGGAUGCGCUGCUCUGCUCACGCCCACGCAGCGACGACAGCAGCGUUAAAAUUUGCACAAUCACAAUGUAGUAUGUAUGUGUGUGUGUUUGUGUGGAAGUGAGAAAGUUUUUUUUUUAACUAAGCAACAUGUUGCAAAGGCUGCUCCCUUUUUUGGCAAAGACGGAACAGCGCAACAUGUUGCCAGCCAAGUUGCGCAGGCGCAGUUAAACUGCAGCAGCAGCAGUAGCAGCAGCAGCGACGCUAACGCCGACAGCGCUGCCUGCCGCUCAUUCAACUUGCAAAAAGCAUCUCUUCUUCGGGACACGCGACUCGCAAAAAUUGCAAUUUCCAACCAAACACACGAGCUCACACGAAGAUCGAAGAUCGUGUCUGUGUGUGUGACAGAGAAAGAAAGAUAGAUAGAGAGAGUGCAAGAGAUAGAGAGAGAGAGUGAGAGACAUACAGGAGAGAGAGCCAUAGCGAGAGAGAGCUAAUGCUGCCUGCGUCGCUGUCAACGACGCCGCCGUCGCUGGGCCGUUGUUGGUAGUUUAUUUAUUCAACCGCCCGAUACCGUGUGGACAUUAUUUUACCAAGCGUUCGCAACCGCACAACACGGAGAGCAAAAGAGAGCUAGUGUAUAGCCGCCAAGCAAAAGCAAAAGCAAAAGCAACAAUACGCUAAAGAGCCACGAUCCAAUACAAUAUCAGAAAACCCACUCCCGAUCGUAGAUCUACGAUCGCCGCCCAUAUACACGGCGGUUCGCACCGCUUGGCUAUCUAGUAGAUAAAAAGUCGCCGAGAACGCAGAACGCAGAACGCCAAAAAAAAGAAAACGAAACUUCAGUAAAAAAAAAAAACAAAACAAAAUCUGAAAUCGCGUUUUUCGUAAAAUAUAUACACGAGAUCGACUCUAUUUUCCAGAGCAUAAAACUAUAUACGUAUUAGCUAAUAUAGUUAAGAAAAGCAAAACAAGUCUCGAAACUGCAAAACGAAACAUAAAACAAAAAGUAAAGCAAAUUUAUGCAGCUAAAAAAGUAACUAAAAACACAAAAAUAAGAGGAAAAAAUAAGGAAAACAGCAAAUUGAAUAUAAAAUAAAAAUCCAAUAAAUCGGCGCGCGAAACUCGCGUGUGUUAUCUAAUCUGCAAGAGAAGUACAAGAAUCGCCGGUCGUUUAACAAGAAAAAAUCAAAAAGAAAUUAAUACUUAAACUAAAAACAAAACAAAAAACGAAAAAAGAGUGUAUCUUAACAUGGCCAUAAACAAGCAGAGGAAAUCAAGUGGUGGCUUGGAAUGGGCCACGGCCACUGGAACAGUACCAAUCCUGGAAAGAAAUUGUUGCAAUAGCAAUAGCAACGAAGGAAACAGCAGCAGCCCCAGCAACAGUGAUAAUACAGAUGCCCAAAUCCCCAGCAGCCACAACAGAAUCAUCUACAAAGAACAGCCACUCAUCCGCCACCUGCGACACCUGCUCAUCGCCGGAUUGCUGAUCGUUUGUUUGGCGGGCGUGACGGAGGGCCGGCGGCAUGCGCCGCUCAUGUUCGAGGAGUCCGACACGGGCAGGCGGUCCAACAGACCAGCGGUCACCGAAUGUCAGUUUGGCAAAGUUCUGCGGGAAUUGGGCUCGACCUGGUACGCGGAUUUGGGUCCACCCUUUGGCGUUAUGUACUGCAUCAAGUGUGAAUGCGUGGCGAUACCCAAGAAGCGUCGCAUCGUUGCACGCGUCCAGUGUCGGAAUAUUAAGAACGAGUGCCCGCCGGCCAAAUGCGAUGAUCCCAUCUCGCUGCCCGGAAAAUGCUGCAAGACCUGUCCAGGCGAUCGAAACGAUACGGAUGUGGCCUUGGAUGUGCCAGUGCCCAAUGAAGAGGAAGAGCGCAACAUGAAACAUUACGCUGCGCUGCUGACGGGCCGCACUUCCUACUUCCUCAAGGGUGAGGAAAUGAAGUCCAUGUACACCACCUACAAUCCCCAGAAUGUGGUGGCCACCGCACGUUUCCUGUUCCACAAGAAGAACCUUUACUACUCGUUCUACACCUCGUCGCGUAUCGGUCGUCCACGUGCCAUACAGUUUGUGGACGAUGCUGGGGUUAUCCUGGAGGAGCAUCAACUGGAGACCACAUUGGCGGGCACCUUGAGUGUAUAUCAGAAUGCCACGGGCAAGAUCUGCGGUGUAUGGCGUCGUGUGCCCAGGGAUUACAAGCGUAUCCUUCGUGACGAUCGCCUGCAUGUGGUCCUCCUUUGGGGCAACAAACAGCAAUCCGAAUUGGCUUUGGCCGGCAAGGUGGCAAAAUAUACGGCACUGCAGACGGAACUUUUUAGCUCUCUGUUGGAGGCACCUCAGAUGCAGUCCGAUGGCAAGACGGAUCCACAGUUGGCCGGUGCCGGUGGCACAGCCAUUGUGUCCACCAGCAGUGGUGCCGCCUCCUCCAUGCAUAUCACUUUGGUCUUCAACGGAGUUUUUGGUGCCGAGGAGUUCGCCGAUGCUGCGCUGAAUGUGAAAAUUGAAUUGCCGGAACGCAAGGAGGUGAUUUUUGAUGAGAUGCCACGAGUGCGUAAACCCUCUGCCGAGAUCAAUGUCCUGGAGCUGUCCUCGCCCAUUUCGAUACAGAAUCUGCGUCUGAUGUCCCGUGGCAAACUUCUGCUGACAGUGGAGUCCAAGAAGUAUCCGCAUUUGAAGAUCCAGGGACACAUCGUGACCCGUGCCAGCUGCGAGAUCUUCCAAACUCUGCUGGCGCCGCACAGUGCCGAAUCCUCGACCAAGAGCAGUGGCCUGGCCUGGGUCUACCUGAACACCGACGGCUCCCUGGCCUACAAUAUCGAAACAGAGCAUGUGAAUACGAGGGACAGGCCGAACAUUAGCCUGAUUGAGGAGCAGGGCAAACGGAAGGCCAAGCUGGAGGAUCUGACACCGAGCUUUAACUUCAAUCAGGCCAUUGGUAGUGUGGAGAAACUGGGUCCCAAGGUCCUCGAAUCGUUGUAUGCCGGCGAACUGGGCGUGAAUGUGGCCACCGAACAUGAGACUAGCCUGAUUCGGGGACGUCUGGUACCGCGACCAGUGGCCGAUGCCCGGGAUUCGGCUGAACCCAUUCUGCUGAAGCGACAGGAGCACUCGGAAGCCCAGAAUCCUCAUGCCGUUGGCAUGGCCUGGAUGUCCAUCGACAACGAAUGUAAUCUCCACUACGAAGUGACCCUGAAUGGUGUGCCUGCCCAGGAUUUGCAACUGUAUCUGGAGGAGAAGCCCAUCGAAGCGAUUGGUGCACCGGUAACGAGGAAACUUCUCGAGGAGUUCAAUGGCUCGUAUCUGGAGGGUUUCUUCCUGAGCAUGCCAUCGGCUGAGCUGAUCAAGUUGGAGAUGAGUGUCUGCUAUCUGGAGGUUCAUGCCAAGCACUCCAAGCAGCUACUGCUGCGUGGCAAACUGAAGAGCACCAAGGUUCCGGGUCACUGUUUCCCCGUCUACACGGACAACAAUGUCCCAGUGCCCGGCGAUCACAAUGACAAUCAUAUGGUUAACGGUGAGACCAAGUGCUUCCAUUCCGGACGCUUCUACAACGAAUCGGAACAGUGGCGUAGUGCCCAGGAUUCGUGUCAGAUGUGUGCCUGCCUUCGUGGCCAAUCCAGCUGCGAGGUGAUCAAGUGUCCAGCCUUGAAAUGCAAAUCUGGAUCGGAACAACUCCUCCAGCGUGAUGGUGAAUGCUGCCCGAGCUGUGUACCCAAAAAGGAGGCAGCCGAGUGGUUAACAUCACAAUCUUCGCAAGCCAUCAAUGCCACCGAUUUGCUGCAACAACGACGAGGCUGCCGUCUGGGUGAACAAUUCCAUGCCGCCGGUGCCAGUUGGCAUCCAUUCCUGCCGCCCAAUGGCUUCGAUACAUGCACCACCUGCAGCUGUGAUCCCCUGACCCUUGAGAUUCGUUGCCCACGUCUGGUCUGCCCGCCGCUGCAGUGCAGCGAAAAGUUAGCCUAUCGACCGGACAAGAAGGCCUGCUGCAAGAUCUGCCCGGAGGGUAAACAGAGCAGUGCUGGUGGACACAAGGUGACGCCGAAUAAUCCGAAUGUGUUGCAAGAUCAGGCCAUGCAACGAUCCCCAAGCCAUAGUGCCGAGGAGGUGCUGGCCAAUGGUGGCUGCAAGGUGGUCAACAAGGUCUACGAGAAUGGCCAGGAAUGGCAUCCCAUCCUGAUGUCCCACGGCGAACAGAAGUGCAUCAAAUGCCGUUGCAAGGACUCGAAAGUUAACUGCGACCGCAAACGGUGCUCCCGCUCGACGUGCCAGCAGCAGACCCGCGUGACCAGCAAGCGGCGUCUCUUCGAGAAACCGGACGCCGCUGCUCCGGCCAUCGAUGAGUGCUGCUCCACCCAGUGCCGGCGUUCGAGGCGCCACCACAAGCGGCAACCGCAUCAUCAGCAACAGCGAUCCUCCAGUUGAGCGAUUCCAGGCUAAGGGAUUGCCGUAGGAUUCCAGCUUAAGAUGGAAAGGGAAACCACUUACUCACUCAGUGCGAUGUGCACCACCAACCAUACAUCUUAACACACACACACACACACACAUCAUUCACCCAUACAAACAAGCAUACACACACACACACACUUGUGCAAGGAGUUGCAUAGAUCGUUGUUGUUUUGUGGCAGCAAUGAAAACUUGUAUUAUAUAUGUAUAUGAAGAAAAGGAAGAAAAACAAAAGGGAAAACUUGAGAUUUAGCUCAAGAAAGCAGAAGGAGUUAGAGAAAAGUAGAGAGAGCGGGAGAGAGAGAGAGAGAGAGGGUUAGAGAGAGAGAAGGAUAGAUAGUUAGAUCCUUGGAAAAGGGCCUUAAAAAACCAGUGCAGUUUGCUUUAAAUUCUCCAGCGCAGAAUUUUCUAUAGAAAGCAUUUUCUGAAUUUCUUUUUACCUUUCCUGAAACCUAACCAACCCCCCCACUCAAAAAAAAAACAUUAAAAUUAAAUUUUAAUUUAUUAAAAACAAAAAACAAAAACAAAAACCCCCCAAAAAAGCACUCAAAAAAAAAACAAAAAGAAGAACCAAAAAAAACAAAACAAAAAGAAUUCGAAAUUGAAAACUGUACUGAGUUUUGAAAACCAACACACACCCACACACACACACACACGCACACACUUUUGACUUAUUGAAAUACUUAAAAAAAGGAAAAAAAAAAAGUUGAAAAACUUUUCAUUUUCAUUUAAAUUGAAAUUUAAAUUGAGAUUUGAAAGUGAAACGAUAACGAUAACGAUGGAGAAGGAGAAGGAGAAGGAGAGGGAGAGAGAGAUGGCAAUGGCAGCUGCUAUCGUUUGAAUAUUAACUUAAACCUAAUUAUUCAGAUUAUACAUAUAUAUAUAUACAAUAUUUAUAUAUAUAUAUAUAUACCGAUAUAUCUAUAUAAUUUAUAAUGAGAAACAAAACACAGUGGGAAACGCAUUUGGCGUUGGCAUUAUGUGGUUAUCGACAUUUUUUAUCGAUAGUUCUAUUUUAGCAACCCAAAAGUUUCAACUGAUUGACUGAAUGGCAAAAAUAAAAUUAGCUUUAAAAAACAAAAAACAAAAAAAAUAAUGAGAAAAAAAAAGGAAGGAAUGAAGGAAACUGAAAAGGCAGCUUUUCAAUCUGAAAUUAUUUUGUACUAAUUGUUACUCACACAUACAUACACACACAUCUUCACAUUUUUUUAAGGCCUUUAAAUCUUUGAAUUCAGAAAAAAAAAAAUACAUUUUAUGCAAAAUUUUCAAUAAUUAUGUACAAAAUUUGUUACGACAUAAAAAAGGGAAAACUUUUUCGAAAAAAAAAAUGCCAUCUACACAUAUUUAUACACACACACACACACACACACUGACAAACACACACACAUACAGACAUAAAAAGAAACAAAAAUGAAGAAAGAAGAGAAAUUUUACCGCAUACACAGACAGAAAUUGUAUUAAUUUUUUAUUCUAUUAAAUUAUUCUUAUUAUUAUGAUUAUUAUUUUA